CCCUGAUCUGGAUGACUAAGAAUCUCCAUAGACUUUGCCCUUCGGUUGUGACAAAAUCCAGCCUCGCAACUUGACCUCGGUCCCUUGUUUCGCACAAGCCGGGGGUACUGGCUGAUCUCUGAAGCUGAUCGCAGUCAAGGACUGGCUAGAGCCCUCUUCCACUGGAGGGGACACAGAAAACUCGCACAUCCAUUAUAAAGAAGAAGCCGGGGGAUGUGUGUGUGGAACUACAUCUUGCCUGGAAAAUGGUUCGAAGCGAUCAGCCGGACGUUUGAAUGCGUUUUACCUUGUUGUGUUCGUUGGCUCUGAACAAUUGAACUGAAGUUCUUCGCUGCGACGCUCGGAAGAGCUCCUGUUGGCGCCGCCUGAAAAAUCUCUGAAACUUUAGCCGCCUGGUGGUCUUUCGAAUAACUCAGCUAAAUUUGAACCCGCUCUUCCUUUUACAUUUUUCUGAGGGGUCCUUGGUGUUCUCUGAGUUUGCUUGUUUUCUUGCAAAAGUUUCAUUACCUCCUAAGUAGAUACCAAGUUCAUUACUUCAUUACCUUAACUAGAUACCCUAACUAGUGCUAGCAAGCGAGUUCAGAGAGCCUACCAAGGAGCCCUCAUUUCAACCCUGAGCUAUAAAUAGCUACUGGAUUUAAUAGUGUUACUUUUACAUAAUUCAAUAAAUAUUCUACGAAUGCAUCAGUUUUACUUUUUAAUAAAUUUUUAAUAUACAGACAAAAGCUCUUAUAGGAUCUUCCAUAAUUUUUAAAAAUGGGAAGGGAUCUGCAGAGCAAAAAAAAAUUGUAAGAAUUAAUUUUUUAAAAUAUUAAGACAGUAUGUCGACAUGUUAAGCUUUGCUGGCUGAGGGACUCUGGGAGUUGAAGUCCACAAGUCUGAAAGGGACCAAGGUUAGAGACUCCUGAUCUAGACACCUCAGACUGAUCUCUGAAAGGACAUCUGUGAAAAGUGAUUAUAUUUAACAAUAUAGAGACCAUGACUUUUUUGACCUAUUCCCAUUGCUUCCUGAUUUAAGAUUCUUGUUUGAAAUAUUGGUAGGACAGGGAUACAUUGUUACUGUGUUUCAAAUCAAUGUCUGGAUUUAAAAGAUAAACUGCAAAACCCUGUAAAAAUGUAUUUAAUAUAUAGGCAUGUAUAAUUAAUUCUGUAACAUGGUUACCUCUUUUUCCCUGUCUUUCUGAUGGCAUUGGAUUUUAUAUAAUUUUGACAAAUAAAUGAAAACGUAAAAAUAUAACAGGACCAUAUGCAUAAAUCAAGAUAGAGCCAAUGGUAAAUGAACAGAAAAGUUCCUUAAAUACAUUAUAAUUAAUACAAAAUAUAUUUUGUGAAGCUCUGAAUUUUUGAUCCUUUCACUUACAAUCUUGCCCUCAGUACUUCCUCAAAAGCUUCCUGUUAUAGGAUGUAAUUUACAAGAAGCUUCUUGUCUCCCAAAGAAAGAAACAAUUUGUAGAUUGUUCACUUGGUUAUAUAGUCCUAUCAGGUUUUUUAAUGCAGCUAUUUCUCAGAAAAGUUCCAAAUAAGAGACCAUAAAGAAGAAUAAGGAUGAUGGAGGAGAAACAGAACCUUCCAGAAACCUCAGUGACCAACUUGCGGCAUAUAUUUGAGAAUUUCAGGCCCUGCUGCAGUUCUGAGAAAGAAGAGGUCCUUCCCCGGUUGAGGUUUCAACUAACGACUCCAAGUCCUGUGGCAUCUUCCAUGCUGCAGACACAUGAAAAAGCCAUGGGAGACAUUAAGAAAGCUGCAGUUAUAAAGCCUGGCCAGGUGCAGUGCAGGGCAGAGUCUCUAGAGCAGCAACAGCAAGCUCCUAAAAUGCUCCCUGUCAAAUGUCUCAGCUCUUUCCGAGGCAAGAUCACUGUCAGCAACUGGAGGGCGAAACAAGCCUCAGAUUCUCAGCCAUACUUCACCAUGCAAUCUGGAAGCAGCAAGAAUCAGGAACCAGAGCAGAAAAAAAUAGCUUUGGAGCUGCUGGAAACAGAACAGGCCUAUGUGGUUCGCCUUCAUCUUCUAGACCAGGUGUUUUUCUCAGAGCUAGUGAAAGAAGCCAGAACUACAAAGGCAUUUCCGGAAGAUGUAGUAAAAAUGAUAUUCUCUAAUAUCUCCUCCAUUUACCAGUUCCAUUCCCAGUUUUUCUUGCCAGAGCUGAAAAAACGUAUGGAGGACUGGGAUUCCAAACCCAGAAUUGGGGAUAUCAUCCAGAAAGUGGCUCCUUUCCUGAAGAUGUAUAGUGAAUAUGUGAAGAACUUUGACAAGGCGAUGCAUCUGAUCACUGUGUGGUUGGACAAAGCCUUGCCAUUCCAGGAACUCAUCUCAAACAUUCAGAAACGGGAAGUGUCUGCUAAUUUAACCUUGCAGCAUCACAUGUUGGAACCAAUACAGAGAAUUCCCAGAUAUGAACUCCUCCUGAAGGAUUAUAUUCAAAAACUACCUUUGGAAUCACCAGACAAGGAAGAUGCACAGAAAGCUUUGGAGAUGAUUUUCACAGCAGCUAAACAUUCUAAUGCUGCCAUUGCUGAAAUGGUGAGUGUCCGGCUCAGGGGUGUCAAACUGGCGGCCUGCGGGCCAGAUUUGUCAUGUGCCGGCCAUGCUCACCCCAGCUCAGUGGUGAAAUCUGAACCGGUUUACUUCCAGUUCGCUGGCUGCGCAUGCGUGCUGCGCGCACACAUCCACAGUGCACACCACACACCAAAUGCGAGGUGUGCAUGGACGCGCGCAGUGCACACCAAAAGGAAGCAUGGGGAACGACUCCAAAACCUAUGGGAUGUAUAUCACAGGCUAGGCCUUGAUGAUGAUAUUGUUGAUCCUUCUAAUGAAUUUAUUAAAGAAGGACCCAUUCAGAAAAUCUCUUUCCGAUUCAGCAAUACCUCAGAGAGAUACCUGUUCCUGUUUAAUAACCUGCUGUUGUACUGUGUGCCAAAAGUCAUUCAAGUGGGUGCCGAAUUUCAAGUGCGCCACCGGAUUGAUGUCAAUGGCAUGAAGGUUCGAGAACUAAAUGAUGUACAGUUUCCUCAUGCUUUCCUUGUGUCAGGGAAGCAGCGCACUCUAGAACUGCAAGCAAGGUCCAAGGAAGAGAUGGAUGCCUGGCUUAAGACCUUCCAGUCUGCCAUCAACAAGAAAGAAAAGAGGAGUGAAACCUUCAAGGCUGCAAGCCAAGGGCAAGAAGCAGAGACGCAAGACUCUAGUCAGGGCCAGUCACAGGAGCUCGGCAAGUGGGCUCCCCAGUGGAUAAGAGACAAGCUGGUCACCAUGUGCAUGCGCUGCAGAGAACCAUUCAAUGCUAUCACACGAAGAAGGCAUCACUGCCGAGCUUGUGGCUAUGUGGUGUGUGCCCGGUGUUCUGAAUACAAGGCUGAAUUGCAAUAUGACAAGAAUGGACUCAAACGUGUCUGUGCGGAAUGCUAUGUCUUCCUAACAGGGAAUUUGCUGCCCAUCGAGCAGCAUGGGAAGCACAAAGGCAUUCUGGAGAAAGAAUCUGCAGAAAUAUCAGGGCAGAGCCUGAUGUGCAGUUUUCUGCAGCUUAUGGAUAAGAAUGGAAAGGGGAGCAUGCGUGGCUGGUUUGUGAUCCCACGAGAUGAUCCACUGGUGUUGUAUAUUUAUGCUGCACCUCAGGAUGUCAAAGCCUAUGCCUCGAUCCCUCUGUUGGGUUACCGUAUCAAGGAGCCAUAUCAGAAUAAUCCCCGUCACAUCUUCCAGUUGGUACAGUCCAAACAGACCUAUACCUUGGUUGCUGAAACUGAAGAACUGAAGCAGCGCUGGAUGAAAGCCAUUGAACAGUCAGCCAGGGGAGGAGAAGAAGAAGAUUCGUGUGAUGAUCUGGAAUAAUUCAAGCUCCUUCUGAGGCUGUUUCAUACUCUGAAUUGCCACUGUAAUAAGCACCGAAUCUGUGUUCUAAAUUCAGUUGUAUCUUUCAGUUAUAACUUUUCACUGGUUUCAAAUCAUAGCAUUUUUGUCUAGUUGAGAUUUUCCUGGUCCCUUCAAUUCCUGGUCCCUAUUUCCUGGUCCCUUCAAUUCCUUGGCUUACUUGUGAGCCUGCUAGUGAAAUCUAGCGAACUAUUCAAGUCCUAAUAAAUAAUUGAUUCAUCAUUUAAAUUUGCAAACUUUUAUUGAUAGACUGUCCUGUUCGUAUACAUAUUACAUGCUGGUAAAAAUAAUACUUCCUGUUUGUAUAUAGACCUUUUUUGAUCUACAGCUAUGUCAGGGAAAUUAUUCUCUGAUCAGAGAUUCUGACACUGAAGAACCCAAAAGUUCUACCCAUCUAUAAUAUAUGUAUGUAUGUAUGUAUGUAUAAAAGGUGAAUGGGAUCUUUAUCCCAAUCCCAACUACAAAUAUAACCUAUGGCAGGCUCAACCUCUCUUUUGGGCCCAGGAGAAUUGUGUAAAUGGCAUGCUAACAUGCACUACUUUUAAAACAUUUAGAUAUAUUCAUGGAGGUUGGUUAAAUUACUUUUGCUAUAAUAGCUAAAUUAAAUCUUCAUAUUUAGAAAAAUAAUGUAGGGAAAAUGGCAGAUAAUUCUUUUUUUCUGUCAGGUUUUUUAGUGAAUUUCUAAAGAUACUAGAAUGAUCACAGCUGGAGAUUGAAUGCUGGAUCAGAUUGGCCAGGUACACCAGGAAAUGACCCAAAGAUAUUUUAAAAGGUUAUGUUGGUGAAACCGAACAUGUUGAAUGUUUCAAACCAGAAAUAAGAUUGGAGUAUCUGAAUUUAUUUCAACAACUACGUGGUAAUGGCUGCAGAUUGUGUAGUUCAUUUUCUGACACUUCUAAGUAUAUACUUAUUUUAUUCUUUAGCUGAUUAUUUGCUUAGUUGCAAUCCCUUUUACUUUUAGGACAGUAAACCUCUGCUUAUUUUUUCAUGUCUCAGUCUUACUGGACUUAUCAUUACGUUGAUGGAAGUACCCAUCUACAAUGGUCUUCAAACCAUUUAUCUGUACUGUGUAUUUUAUUGUCAAUUAUUCGAUGAACUAUUAAAUUACCGCAAGUUGAAUUUUAGAGAUAAAUAUAGUUAAAAGUAACAAUUAUUGAAACUGUUUCCCUUUGUUAAUUCCAUCUACCCUCCACCUUUCCCCAGGGAUCAGAGUGACAAGAUUUCUCUUUGCCCAAGUUCUAUUUCCUGGUCCCUUCAAUUCCCUUCUCCUUUUAACAUUCUAACAUGAUGUCCAUGGCAGCGGUGAAAUCUGGCCGGAUCUAUCCGGCUCAUGCGAACCGGUAAGGCAUGCGGCUCCACCCACCCACCAGGACAUCAUUACGUCCCUUUUUUGACCCUCUGCGCAUGCACAGAAGAGGUGCGUGCGGGCAUAGCAAGCGCAUGUGUGUGCACGCUCACAUUUCCGAACCGGUAGCGAAGGUAAGUGCAUUUCACCGCUGGUCCAUGGCUACUUGAGGAUGUCUUCCUUGCCCUUUUACAAGAAGCUGUUGUGUUUUUAGAAAAUCUUGAUUCUUUUUGUUUUUUUUUAAAAGAAAUACUGGAAACUCCAACUGAAAGCACAAACUUCCAACAUUUUUUUUAAAAUACAAGAAUAAUUUUGUGACCUAUAAGCUUUUGCAGAAGAUAACAUGAUGGCAUGGGUGCUGUUCUAUGCUUUAUUUAUUACCCAGAGAAAAAGAUAAGCAAGUUGGCACUGGCAGGGACGAAGUUAAAGGAAAUAGAAGGGAACAUUCAGUUCUAUCAGGGUUUGUAUCUUUUUACCUUCCCUUAUCUAUGCAUGACAUGUUUUCAGAAUUCCAAAAUUUCUACCAUCUCCAUCAGAAAGAUUGGAACACUACUCUUGAAAUUCCAAGGUAAGACAUAGUGAUUGGGAAUUCUGGGAUGGAUAUUCCAACACUUUCAGUGGAUGUUACAGCAUAAACCAAGAGUAAAGCUUGCAAGAUGGAUACUGUGCAUGUCCAAAUAAUUUAAUAAUAAAUGCUGAAAUUCCUUUGUGAACUUUUAGAAUGAUGGUCCACAUCAUUCCAUAUAAUGCAGGAUUUAUGUCAGGUAUCAUGUACAGCUACCUGCCUUGUUCCAGAAGUACUGUAAAUAGAAAAGGAUGUUGCUAUAAAUGCUUUUUUCUCUCUUUCUUGAUGCCAUCAAUAAAUAAAGAAAUCUGAC